AUGGCUGCGAAACGGAAGGCAUCGGCCAUGGCGGCCACUGUCGCCGACGAACCGGUGGACCCGUCCGACGAGCUCAUGUUUCUGUGUCUUGGAGGUGGCAAUGAAGUCGGAAGGUCUUGCCAUAUCAUUCAGUACAAGGGAAAGACGGUCAUGCUUGACGCCGGCCAGCAUCCAGCGUACGACGGCCUCGCAGCCCUACCCUUCUUCGACGAUUUCGAUCUCAGUACGGUCGACGUUCUCCUGAUCAGCCAUUUCCACGUUGAUCAUGCGGCAUCUUUACCAUACGUCCUCUCCAAGACGAACUUCAGGGGACGAGUCUUCAUGACACAUCCCACAAAAGCAAUCUAUAAAUGGCUCAUCCAGGACAGCGUCCGCGUCGGGAACACAUCAUCGAACCCUACCUCACAACCAGUCUAUACAGAAGCAGACCAUCUCAACACGUUUCCCCAGAUCGAGGCCAUCGACUACCACACCACACACACCAUCUCCUCCAUUCGCAUCACGCCCUACCCGGCCGGCCAUGUCCUCGGCGCGGCAAUGUUUCUCAUCGAGAUCGCCGGUCUCAAGAUCUUCUUCACAGGAGACUACUCCCGCGAGCAGGACAGACAUCUGGUCUCCGCCGAAGUACCAAAGGGCGUCAAGAUCGACGUUCUCAUCACUGAAUCGACCUACGGUAUCGCCUCACACGUGCCUCGCCUCGAGCGCGAACAGGCCCUCAUGAAGUCCAUCACCGGCAUCCUUAACCGCGGCGGCCGCGUUCUGAUGCCCGUCUUCGCCCUCGGUCGUGCCCAGGAACUCCUGCUCAUUCUCGACGAGUACUGGGGCAAGCACUCCGAGUUCCAGAGAUUCCCAAUCUACUACGCCUCCAACCUCGCCCGUAAGUGUAUGGUCGUCUACCAGACCUACGUCGGCGCCAUGAACGACAACAUCAAGCGCCUCUUCCGCGAGCGCAUGGCCGAGGCCGAGGCCUCCGGCGACGGCUCCGGCAAGGGCGGCCCCUGGGACUUCAAGUACAUCCGCUCCCUCAAGAACCUCGACCGCUUCGACGACGUCGGCGGCUGUGUUAUGCUCGCGUCCCCCGGUAUGCUGCAGAACGGUGUCAGCCGCGAGCUGCUGGAGCGGUGGGCGCCCAACGAGAAGAACGGCGUCAUCAUCACCGGUUACAGUGUUGAGGGCACCAUGGCCAAGCAGAUCAUGCAGGAACCCGAUCAGAUCCAGGCCGUAAUGUCACGAACGACCGCCGGCGCGCGCCGCGGCCCCGGGGGCGAGAGCGAGAAGGUAUUUCUCCCGCGCCGGUGCAGCGUCGCCGAGUACUCCUUCGCCGCGCACGUCGACGGCACCGAGAACCGUGAGUUCAUCGAGGAGGUCGCCGCCCCGGUCGUCAUCCUCGUCCACGGCGAGCAGCACAACAUGAUGCGCCUGAAGUCCAAGCUCCUUUCCCUCAACGCCGGCAAGACCACAAAGGUCAAGGUCUUCAGCCCCAAGAACUGCGAGGAGCUCCGCAUCCCCUUCAAGCAGGACAAGACGGCCAAGGUCGUCGGCAAGCUCGCCACCAUCCCGCCCCCGACCUCCCUCAACCCCUCGCCCGAUCAGCAGCAGCAGCUCGUCACCGGUGUCCUCGUCCAGAACGACUUCAAGCUCUCCCUCAUGGCGCCCGAGGACCUCCGCGAAUACGCUGGCCUGAACACCACCACCAUCACCUGCAAGCAGCGCCUGCGCCUCACGGCCGCCGGCGUGGACCUCGUCCGCUGGGGUCUGGAGGGUGUCUUCGGCAGCGUGGAGGAGCUGCCCGAGAUGCGCAAGGGGCAUCCCGCGCACAAGGACUCCGUCACGAACGGCAACGGAGACACCGAGAUGGAGGACGGCGAGCAGCAGGAGGAGGCCGACGAGGAGGUCGCGCGGCUGGUGGCGGCGUACCUCGUCAUGGGUUGCGUGGCCGUGCGAUACCGCAGCGACGGCGAGGUCGAGCUGGAGUGGGAAGGCAACAUGCUUAACGACGGCAUCGCAGACGCCGUCAUGGCCUGUCUCUUCUCCAUCGAGAGCAGUCCCGCCGCAGUCAAACGUUCCGCAGGCUCACACAGCCACGACCACGACGUGAAGUCCCUCCCCAAGAACCCCCACGCCAACGUCUCCCCCGCUGAGCGCCUCGAGCGCUUCCUCAUGUUCCUCGAGGCCCAGUUCGGCGCCGACAACGUCAACCCCGUCGCCGAGCCCCGCCUCCCCGCCCUCCCCGAGAACGGCGCCGCCGACGGCCAACAACAAGAGCAGACCAACAAGGCGCUCAAGGCGGAAGGCGAGAACGGCGGCGACGGCGACGGCGACGACGCCGCCAUGGAGAUGUCCUCCUCGGACGACAACGAGGCGGAGCAGGAGAAGAAGCUCGCGGCGCGGCGCCGGGCCGAGAUUGAGCGGCUGCACAAGAUCGGCAUCCCCGUGCCGGGCGUCCGGGUCAAGGUGGACAAGAUGGAGGCCGUGGUGUGGCUCGAGGACCUCGAGGUCGAGUGCAGCCACAAGGCGUUCGCCGACCGCGUGAGGCGGGUCUGCGAGCACGCUGCCGAGGUGACGGCGCCUCUCUGGGGAUAG